AUGAUAGAAGACAAAUACAUCGGCCUGGCGCUGGCCGUCACCUCUUCCGUCGGCAUAGGCGCCUCCUUCGUAAUCACCAAAAAGGGCCUCAAUGCCGCCGCCGCCGCUCACGGGUUUGAAGGUGAAGGCUUCGUCUACCUCCGCAACCCAACGUGGUGGGGCGGGAUGAUCACCAUGGUCAUCGGCGAGCUGUGUAAUUUCUCCGCCUACGCCUUCGCGCCUGCGAUAUUGGUCACCCCAUUGGGGGCACUGAGUGUGUUGAUUGGGGCGGUGCUGGGGAGUUAUUUCUUGGAGGAGAAGUUGGGGGUGUUGGGUAGGGUGGGGUGUGCGACGUGUUUGAUAGGGAGUGUGGUGAUUGUUUUGCAUGCGCCGCCGGAUAAGGAGGUUAAGGAUGUCAAUGAGUUGUUGAGUUAUGCCCUUAUGCCUGGCUUUCUCUUCUACGGCGCCAUCGUACUUGCCUUUUCCGUCGGCAUGAUCUAUUACGUCGCUCCACGAUACGGCAAGCAGAAUCCCAUGAUCUACAUCAGCAUCUGCUCCACCGUCGGCUCCGUCUCUAUCAUGGCGAUCAAGGGUCUCGGUGUAGCCCUCAAAAUGACCUUCCGAGGCGAGAAUCAACUCUCUCACGCCUCUACAUACGUCUUCGCUAUCAUGGUAGCACUUUGCAUCGCAACACAAUUGAACUACUUUAACAAAGCUUUGGCGACAUUCAGCACGAACAUUGUCAACCCUCUCUACUACGUAACCUUCACCACCUUCACCCUCCUCGCCUCCUUCAUCCUCUUCCGCGGCUUCAACACCAAUGACACCGUCAACACCAUCUCCCUCCUCUGCGGCUUCCUUACCAUAUUCACAGGAGUCUACCUCCUCAACCUGUCGCGAGAAGAUCCUAACGGAGAGAACCUGGGUAUAAGAAGUAAGAACGACCAAAGAGGGAACUAUCACGAAGUCGAUGGGAUCCCGGUAGAUGGCCUGGCGGGUUUCGGGACGAGAUUGAGUAUGCAGGCGAGACGGAGUCAGGAGGGUCUAGAUGGAGAUGGAGUGGGAAGACAGCAUCGACGGAGCGGGAGCUGGAGUUUACGAGAUCCCUUGCACGGCCAAUUUAGCAGCGAGAGAGGAGACCAGACACAUCUCAUGCAUAGUUAUGAUGUCGAAGCUGCCAAUGGACUGGCGGAUCUGGCUGAAGACGAUAGUGAUGAGGAUAGUGGUGCGUCGGGACGAAAGAGAACGAGUUUCGAGGAUGCGAAUGGGAAGAGGAAGGUAGAACAUGGUUCGUUUGGGCCUCCGAGAAGGGUAGGCACGGGUGGGAGCGAGAGGGUGAGUAUGGGCGGCAAGAGCUUUGAUCGGGAAAGACGGUGA